GUCUCAGCUGGUGUCAUGGCAGCGGCUGAGAUGAACUUCCGAGCCCACUACUACGACAAAGUCGGCUUCCGCGGAAUAAACGAGAACAAAUCGCUCGAAAUACUGCUCAGCGAGAAGCCCAUAGACCUGAAGAAGCUGUCCAAUUUCUGCCGCAAGUUCUGUCUGCCCUCGGUUCACCGGCUCACGGUCUGGAAAGUGUUGCUAGGAAUUCUGCCAACCUUCGAGGAGAACAUUACCAGUUUCGAGAAAGACGAGGAGGACCAGUACAACGACCUGAGGCGUGCCCUGGAAGUGAUGAGGGUCGUCAGAAACGGCACAUCCCAGGCCGACACCAUCGUCCUCCUCUACCUCGUGGGCGAAGGGAAGCUUCACCUUGACAUUGAGCAGCAGAUGUCGGACGACGAAGUUCAGCACAUCAGGAGCAUCGCGUCGGUCUUCACGAAGAUAUGCAGCAGGCCGGAGGAAGCAUACUGGAUGACGCGAAACUUCUGGAAGCACCUCAAAAAGCUUGCCAUUGACUCGGACGCCAUGGGCAAGCAGGUGGAAGACACACUAGAGAAGGAGGACUACGAACUGUUCCAGCAACUACUAAAGAUCAAGGCAUUCCCGGUGUUGCCCAUGGAGACGUGGUUCCAGCGGUGUUUCGCUGAAGUGCUCGACGAAGACGCCUUGGUUAGGUUAUGGGACAAGGUGAUUGGCGGCUCGACCAGGGUCCUGCCCGACGUGGCGGCGCUCCUGCUGAUGUCCUUGCGAGUGGCCCUGCUCAGUGCUACAGUCACGGCCGACGUACUUACGCUGUUGAGCAAGAUUUCCAAAGAGACCUCCGAAGCUGUGGUGAACAGGGCAUUGGAAUGACGCCCGGGUGGCGUCGUGCAACUAUAGGACUGUUUGCGACGCGAGUGGAUUCGUGCGGCCAGCGUGCUCUUCAGCAACGGCAUGCGUGCUUUUUUGUACAUACGUGUGAUUCUGCGUGGUGGACUGUUGGUGUCGAGUGGGUUACGUCAGUGGUGUGUGAGAGCGUGAACGUGCGAAGGUUGUGUUCGUGAAUUUGUUGUGCAAGUUAGGUUCAGUAACUAAUUAAAUAAAAACGAAUGUGAUCAAA